AUGCUCGCACAGUAUAAGCCUCGAAAUACAAGAGAUGAGACAGUCAGAAUACUCAGGAGCUUUAUCGACAAUUUGCCCGUGAAAAGUAAGAGAGUGUUGACCAAGUACAUCAAUGUCAGCAAUGAUGACAAUUUAUUCGAUCUGGCUCAUCAUCUCCAGACGGCAAUUCUAAUACCGAGUACGUAUAUUAUACUAUACCCCCUUUUUUUUUCACCCUUGUCAGCAACAGAUAAUACAAGAGAUAAUGUGGCGUCUGAAAUGACGCAGUCGAGUACUAGAAGAAAUCAUCUAGAAUGGCUGAAGAAAACCUGCUUGGAGCGUGACAACUACCAGUGUGUUGUGACAAAGUUGUGGGAUCCUAUAGCUGAGCCUAUCUUUAACCUUCAGGAACAAGGCAAGAUGACUGCCAACACUCGACUGGUGCAUAUAAUCCCAUUUUCUAUGGGAUGCUGGGACAAUGAUUGGAAGGCGAAGGAAAUCGCCCAAUCUUGGGAGACCUUAUACCUCUUAUUUCCCGACAUCCAAGAGAUUAUCAAGCCCAUUACAAUCAACUCCCCCGCAAAUGCGAUGACCAUGAACACAGUUGUCCAUGAAGAUUUUGGCAGUUUCAAGAUUGCACUCAUACCAACAGACACAGAUAGCACAUAUAGGAUUAAGACAUACCCACUGCAUCAGACUCUCGUUGACCAAUUCUAUGAGAAGCCCAUAACCUUCACCACGCACAGCGGCUCGGAAUUGCCUAGUAAAGUCCUUCUUGAAACUCAUGCUGUGAUCGCGGAGAUUCUACAUGCGUCGGGGCAGGGGGAGGAGAAAAUUGAUGAACUCCUCCGCAAGUGGGACGAUAUUGGAUGCCUGGCAUCUGAUGGAAGUACGGAUCUCGAGAGCCUUCUUUUGUUGGUGAGUCAGUGA